GGUAUUUCAAGAUAGUUCUUCCAAUGAAUGAGUUGGAAGCUCAGAUCGAUAAGUCAGAAGAACUAUUUGAUAUUUAUCCAUAUUGGUGUACCCAUGCCGCAUUUAUGAUCAUGGACCGCAUAGUGGCCAGUUACGAUCUCCACGUAAGGAUCAAAUGGUUCCAGGUGCUAACUAUGGAAUGUUCAAUGACUUAGGAGUAUAUGGGGUGCCUCACUUGGUAAAAGAAAGAAAGCCGUAUGAUGCUGUUGCUGCCAUGAGGAAAAUGGAAAAAUUUACAGAAUCAUGUGGGGGUUACCCAUUCUUGUAUGCUGACACCUUCAUGACCAGAGAAGAAUUUGAGAAAAUGUUUGACUUGACUGCUUAUGAAAAUGUACGCCAAAAAUAUCAUGCUGUGGGAGCCUUUCCUCAUCUACAUGACAAGAUUAAACCUGAGAUUGAUGUAUUUGCAAUUGGAAAGGAAUACAUAGACCCAUUAUAAUUCAACAAUGGUAGUAUCAUGUUAAGGUAUGUAA